AUGUACCGGCGCCGCUCCAACUCUGCCCAAAUUACAAAGAAAACUCCCCGCGGGACCCACCUCAUACCCACAAACACCAUUACUCUUCUCGCAGCUCGCGCAGUUCGCCGGAUAAUCGUUCGCGUAGUUGAACUUAUAGUCGAUACCGAUCCCAUAGUCCCACGCCUGCGGGUCGUUGGACCUGUACACCGCCGAGUAGGACCCGCACCCGAGCUUCCCCAGGUCCAUCUCGAACGCGGGUCCCAAGUCUACCGGCGCGUACACGCAGCACGAGGAAACUGGCAGGCUGAGUCUGUCGGCAGCCUCGCACGAGCAGAGGAAGGUGCAGACGUCGUCUGCCCCUUCCAAGUCGCACAUAGGGAAAUGAAUGGAGGAGUUACUGUUGUUGUUGCAGUCGAGGAGGGUGAAGACGGUGGAGUGGUGGAAGGAGAAAGGGGCGUCCCAGUCGAGGCCGAAGCCGCGGCUAGGGCGAGUGCAGGAGCAGGUGGACAUGGUGGGGUCGGAGAUGCGGAGGAGUUGGGUGGAGUAGUCGAUGGAGGUGACUGGGUAGCAGCCGGUGUGGGUGGAGAGGGUGAGUUGUUGGUGUUGGGGGUUGCAUGUUAUGUAGGGUUGGAAGCGAGGGUCGCCGCAGCCGGGGCCUGUGCCGAACGGGUACUUGAUUUGGAGGUUGCCACAUUUGUUGCCGCAGGGUUCGGAGGAGGUUCGGGUGAAGAGGAGGAGGAGAAGGAGGAGGAGUGUGAAGGAAUCACCUUUAUAAGCUUUGUGGAACCAUAUAACAUAAUGCGAGAAGAUAUGAGUUCAAUUCAUUACAUAAUGCCUAAUGUUCUCGAAUAA